UAGUACUUACCAAUUCCGAAAUAAUUUCAUUAUGUCGGCGCUCUUCUCUAAAAUGUCAUUUUUGACAAAAAACCUGACGACCAAUAUUAUAAAAAAUAAUAUGAGUUUAAUGAGUAACAGGUUAGAAUAUCUAGAACAUGGCGAUCCUGUCAAGGUUGUGACACGAAAAACAAUUCCUCUAGAAGAACCCAAAGAUGACGAAGUUCUGGUUGAAAUGAUUGCAGCGCCCGUGAAUCCAGCUGAUAUCAACACGAUCCAAGGUAAAUAUCCUGUGCGUCCAUUGCUGCCCUCAGUUCCUGGCAACGAAGGUGUAGCACGAGUUUUGCAAAUUGGAAAAGGCGUUCAAACUGUAAAAGAAGGAGACCGUGUGGUUCCAUUAUCUGCUGGUUUAGGCACAUGGAGAUCGCAUGCUGUUUAUCGUGCGGAUCAAUUAUUGCAGGUUCCGUCUGAUCUAGGUGUCGUAGAAGCCGCAACCCUAACUGUAAAUCCAUGCACGGCAUACCGUAUGUUACGCGAUUUUCAGCAAUUAAAACCUGGCGAUUGCAUAAUUCAAAAUGGGGCGAACAGCGCAUGUGGUCAAAAUGUCAUUCAACUGUGUAAAAUUUGGGGUAUAAAAAAUGUGGCUAUAGUCCGUGAUCGUCCAGAAAUUGCUCAGUUGAAAGAAUUUUUGACAAAAAUGGGAGCAAGUCUUGUGCUGACGGAGCAGGAACUUAGAGUGACCACUAUUUUUAAAGAAAAAAAAUUACCUAGACCAGUGCUAGCUUUGAACUGUGUAGGAGGAAAAAUAGCUUUAGAAAUGGUGAGGCAUUUAGAGCACAGUGCCGUCAUGGUCACAUAUGGUGGUAUGUCCCGGGAACCUGUUACCAUACCAACUUCAGCACUUAUUUUCAAAGACCUUGCAGUUAAGGGAUUUUGGAUGACACACUGGAGUAAAGUUAAUCAUGAUUCCCCACAAAAGAUAGCCAUGUUUAAUGAAAUUAUAGAAUUGAUGCGUAGUGAAAAGUUGGGAGGCCCAGCAUAUAAAAUGGUGCCAUUCCAAAAUUACACUGAAGCUCUUAUGAAUACUAUGACUAUCCAAGGUUUUACUGGAAAAAAAUACCUUCUUGAUUUUACUACAUGAACAUUAGUAAUUUGA